GCGGAGAUAGGAAGUGAAAGCCUCUCCUCGCCCUGCUCUCCUCCGGGUCGGUCUGUAGUCGCGGUGGAAAUGGGCUGAAGCAACACUCGGCUCAUCCACGCCAGACCCUAACGCCACAUACAACUCCAGAAGAGCCCGACUAUUCGGCUGUCCCCUGGUGAUGCCCCCCGGUCCCCUAGUGGCUGUCCCCUGGUGAUGCCCCCUGGUCCCCUAGUGGCUGUCCCCUGGUGAUGCCCCCCGGUGCGAGGGAGCUGGGAAGGCCGGCGCCAUGCCGUACGUGGAUCGGUCCAACCGCAUCUGUGGGUUCCUGGACGUCGAGGAGAACGAGGGCAGCGGCCGCUUCUUGCGGCGAUACUUCAUCCUGGACACACAGCAGGGCAGCCUGCUCUGGUACAUGGACAACCCGCAGAAUCUGCCCAUAGGAGCAGAGAAUGUGGGCUCGCUGAAACUCACCUAUAUCUCCAAGGUCAGCGAUGCCACCAAGUUGCGUCCGAAGGCGGAGUUCUGUUUCGUUAUUAAUGCAGGAAUGAGGAAGAUCUACCUGCAGGCCAAUGACCAGCAGGAUCUGGUGGAGUGGAUCAGUGUGCUGAACAAAGCAACCAAGAUCACUGUACCAAAGUCAGGCGAGAGCCACGCCCCCCAGCCCCAGAUCCAGAGCCACGGAGAAACCCCCCAGGACCUGCUGGGUGCCAUGAAGCAGGUGUCGUACAAGACGGAGAUCAUAGGAGGGGUCCCAAUCAUCACCGCCACACAGGAACAAGGGGAGGGGCAUAAUGGGGCGGAGCGAGGAGGGAGGAGGCGGGGCCAGAACCAGCUUCCCUUCUUUUUGUCCAGAGGGGCUCAGGACCAGGCCCUCAUCAAGGCGGGCUUCUGUGUAAAACAGGGAGCAGUGAUGAAGAACUGGAAGAGAAGGUACUUCAUGCUGGACGAGAAUGCCGUCAGCUACUUCAAAUCUGACCUGGACAGGGAGCCGUUGAAGGUGAUACCCCUGAAGGAGGUGCACAAAGUGCAGGAGUGCAAACAGAGUGAUUUGAUGAUGAGGGACAACCUGUUUGAGGUGGUUACCCAAUCACGGACCUUCUACGUACAGUCGGACAGUCCAGAGGACAUGCACAGCUGGAUCAAGGCUAUCUCAGGGGCUAUUGUGGCUCAGAGGGGCCCCGGGCGCUCGGCCGCUACAAUACGUCAGGCAAGGAGGCUGUCCAGCCCUUGUAUUGAGAGGUAUACCACGAUCUACAGUGGGGAAUGCCGCACGACCCCGGACCGGCCCAACCCCCUGAUGCGGAGCCACACCUCCCACAGUGCGCCGCCACCCCAGCGGACGCUGAGCCUGACGCUGGACACAUCCCCCACGGCGCCGGGCCACUUCCUGGGCCUGUUGCCGUGGCGGCUGAGCGGCGUGGGGACGGGUGCGGCCACGGCGAUGGCCCUGAUGCGGGCCCCGGCGCACUCCCGCCUCUCGCUGCAGGAGACGCGGCGGCGCUCGGGCAAGUGAGCGAGGAGCGGGAGGGGUCGCCGUGGAAACGCCGCAGCAAGGAGCCCGAGUCCACGGCGGGCGCUGGCGAGCGGCUGAAGAACUACAACGCCGAGGAGUCCGACGUUAAGACGAGCCUGGUCUGACGUCGCCCUGACAACCACCACGGGGCCACACACACACACACACACACACACACACACACACACACACACACACACACACACACACACACACACACACACACACACACACACACACACACACACACACACACACACACACACACACACACACACACACUGUGGGGCACCAUCAGAUAAGUUGUGAUUCUUCGACACACACGUUCAUGCCCAAAAGCCAAAUGAAUCCUCCCCUCCUCCUCUGUCGUUGCUCUUAUUUAUGACGUGUGCUGCUGCACCCGUCAGCGCUUCAUCCGCGAAAAAGAAACUAGAAAAAUGUAUACUAAGAAAAGCAGAGGACUGCAAAGCAUAUUUCUAUAGCCCAAACGCGGUGGCGCUGCCCUAACUGUGGUGACAAUGGACGUGUCAGAGUAUGAGUCAGUGACCUGGAGGUUGUCUCAGUCUGAUCCAUCCUGAGGAGGGCAGCAGUCUGAAGCAGCAGAUUAGAGGUCGUCUCAGCCUGAUCCACCCGGAGGAGGGCAGAAGCCUGGAGGUCUGAUCCACUCUGAGGUGGGCAGCAGUCUUCACAUCCUGUCGCUGUCUUUUCUAACGUUUCAGCCGAAAUUUCAGAAUGUAGGGCAUAUUUUUAUCGACAAUACACCUACCGUUGAGGCGGUAAAAAAUAAAGAAAAGAUGGUUGCCUAGCAACAGCUAGGACAUAGCUUCUAGCAAUAAAGAAAACUGUACAGAUCUUCUUGAAUUGAGUGUAGCCAGUGUCACCUAUGUAGACGUUAAGGUAGGGAGGUUGAUUGAUUGGGCUAACGCCUCCAUUAUAGUGAGGUAGAUCCCUGUAGCCUGUAGACGCUGGGUCUGUUGGUUUAUACCACUCAGAGUCAGCGAGUAGUCCCUUGGUUAUGGUGGGGUGUGUUUUUAAUCUGUUGUACUUGUAUUCCGGAUUUGUGUUGUUUUUACUCACAAUGUGAAAAAACAAAAGAACAUUUAGGAAAGAAUGUGAGUAUAUUUGUAAGUUACUGACCUUUAUAGAAACGUGCAUGAGUAUGCACGGUAAAUUCACUCUAUUAUUUCUUUCUCUCGCUCUCCCGUCUUUUGACGUCGUUCUGUUCUCCCGUUAGCUCUCCGUUUAACACAAGCUGUGUAAAAAGUGCCUGUACUGUUAUUUACAAUUGGACAUUGGGAUCAUAAAAUAAAUGUAACAUUUCUAGCCGUUCCAUAUGUGUGCUCAAUGUUCUUAGAAAAAAAUUGCAAUCUUUUAUUUAUGUUUCAGGCUUGAAAAUAAAUAUAAAUAAAAAUGACUUUUUACAA